AUCGAGCCUCGCCUCUCAUUGACUUUCACAUGUACGGUCACAGACUGUGGCGAACGAUCUACACACCAAUUUACGAAGCGAUCGUAUGAGAAGGGCAUAGUCCUCAUCGAGUGUCCGGGAUGCAAGAACAGGCAUCUCAUUGCCGAUCACCUCGGUUGGUUUAAAGAGUCGACCGAGGAAGGCAAGCUUCGUACCGUCGAGGACCUUCUUCGCGCUCGGGGUGAGAAGGUUCGCCGUGGGCAUCUGGGUCCCGGGGGCGUCGUUGAGUAC